AAGUCUAAAAUUACACAGUAGGCGAGAUAAGGUUGGCUCCGAUCCGAGCAGCUUGUAAACAAGCACCAAUACGAUCAUCAUGUCGCUCUGGGUUGACAAGCAUCGUCCGCAAACGUUAGACACACUUACAUAUCAUAAGGAGCUCUCCUCGCGGCUCGCUUCGCUAGCGGCGACGGGUGAAUUUCCUCAUCUUCUUUUCUAUGGACCUUCCGGAGCAGGGAAGAAAACGCGUAUUGCAUGUACUCUACGAGAACUUUUCGGCCCAUCGGUGACGAGGCUUAAAAUCGACCAAAGGGUGUUUGAGACACCUUCGAAGAGGAAGCUAGAUCUGAACGUCGUGCAGAGUAACUGCCAUGUUGAGAUUACACCAAGUGAUGUCGGGAUAUACGAUCGUGUCGUCAUACAGGAUAUUCUGAAGGAAAUAGCUCAGACACAGCAAGUUGAUUUUAAUGCAAAGAAGCGCUUUAAGGUUGUUGUGAUCAACGAGGCUGACUCCCUGUCCCGCGAUGCGCAAGCUGCGCUCAGACGAACAAUGGAAAAGUAUAUGUCCAAUAUGAGGAUCAUUCUUUGUGCCAAUAGUGUUUCAAAAUUGAUCGCCCCUAUUAAGAGUCGGUGUCUGCUCGUGCGGGUUGCGGCGCCGAAUGAUGAAGAGAUGACUGCUGUGCUGGAGUUUGUGGCGAAAAAAGAAGGGUUCGCUCUGCCGGACGAAGCUUGCUCGGCAAUCAUCAACGAUGCGGCGGGGAAUAUGCGCAAAGCACUGCUCGUUCUGGAAGCGCUCAAAAUGCAGUCAACAGGCUUGACGUCCAACAUCGCGAUCGCUAAGCCAGACUGGGAGGCAUAUUGUAUAAAGGUCGCCGAAAUGAUCGUGAAGCAGCAAACCCCAGAGCAGGUCAUGGCAGUGCGGGGGAAACUAUAUGAACUGCUUUCGCAUUGCAUUCCUCCAACCUUGGUUCUCAAGACUGUGGCAGACCGAGUGGUCGAAAUGGUUGAUGACAGUCUGAAGGCGGACAUCAUGCACUGGGCUGCUUUUUAUGAGGUACGCAUGCGGAUUGGCAGCAAGAAAAUAUUUCACCUCGAGGCAUGGGUCAUUAAGGUUAUGAUGCUUCAAAAGCAUAUGUACUUUGGCGUUGAUCUCACUGGUCUUGAUUGACACCUUUCUGUAUACUCUAUUGCAUUGAUUAUUGUUAUCUCUGAGUAAUUCAAGUCUGAUCCAAUUAACAAGAAGUUAAGUGAC